AUGAAGAUCCUUGAGGCCCAGUCGGCCGUUUUAUCGAAUUACGAGGUCUAUCAACACCUCGCAGAUCAGCGAGACCGCUAUAAGCAGAAGAAGCAUCGCGGACCCCCAAACUUGGAGACUGUCGUGAGAGAAAUGCUGCAAUAUUUACGGACUGCACCAAGUCCUUUGAGUCAAAAGCCACUCACCUACACCCCAGAUGGCAUUGCGCAAAUCAUUGAGAAACUGAGCCCGUAUGAGCUGUCGAAGGGUGAAGUCGUCAUGAUUCUUAACCUCCGGCCUGCAUCCAUUGCUGCCCUCAACACUAUCAUUGAGGACAUGCCUGAGCGGUACUCGGAUGAGCAACAAGAAGAAAUGGUCAAUAUUGUCGCCGAGAUUCUUGGUCAGUUUGAAGUGGCUGAGGCUGACGGUAACGGCGACGACGGCGAGGAUGGCGAUGUGAACAUGAAUGACGCCGCAGCUUCAUGA